CUGGUUCGUGACUCAACGAACCAAAAAACUCAACGCAGAAAAAUCAAAAACUAGAGAGUAGAAAGGAGUGAGAAUGAGCAAAAAGCUCCUUCAUUCAAUAUCUAUUUCCCUUCCAAAUUUGUGUAUAUUAGGGUUCCAAUCACUUUUACUUUUCAAUUUAUCAUCAUUAUUCACUUGCCUCCCCUCACUUCCUAUUCACCUCUGACAGCGGAAUUUCUCUGUUGCAAUUGUUCAACAAACCCUAGUCUUGUGUUUUUUCUAAAAAAAUCUUGGUAUGUAAAGAUUUUGGGGGAUUUCAAGAAAUUGUGAGAAUUUGGGUCACGCACGCAAUGAUGGAUGAUCCGGAGAGAGUGAUAUUGGAUAUAAGUUCAGAUGAAGAAGUGGGUUUUGUGAAAAGCAGAGGUGGCGAUGGUGGGGGCGGUAAAGGGAGCGAUGACUAUGACUGGAUAACGGAACUUUUGGGUGAAGGAGGGGAUGGACGUAGCAAAGAUGAUUCUGACGAUGUUGUAGUGGUGGGGGAAGUUAUUAUGAAUCCAAAGCAAAAUUUGAAGGCAUUAACCAAUGCGAAUGAUGACGAUGAUGAUUGUGUGGUUUUGGAGGAAGACCCAGAUAAGCCUGUUGAAGUUAACAAUGAUAGAGGUGAUGAUUCUGAUGAUUUGCUUGUUGUAAGCGAAAAGGGUCAGUCAACAUUGGGUCUGGGGUUUCCACACUUGCGCUCGUUUAUGGAAGUGUCAGCACCAGAUGGCUGCAGUUACAUGGAUUCCCUUGAGGGCAAGGUCCUUUAUCUCGACAAAAAAAUUCUAAUCAUUUAUCUGGGAAGCCAGGUCAGAGGUCUCCACAAUGGGAUUGCCUGCAGAGAUUAUCCCCAUUCACGACAUCUUUGUGCUAAAUUUCCCUUUGGUUCUACUCCCCAUGAAAGGCACUGUGAUCAGUGCCAUUGUUAUGUUUGUGACACACUUGCUCCAUGUGUCUACUGGCGCACUGGCAUUUCCAGCACUGCUGCCCAUUGUCAUGCUACUGACAAGGACAAGUUUUGGAAAGCACAGAGACAAAGCACAAGGAAAAGUGAUAAAGCGCUUCCAGUGGUCACUCCAUGCCGUGGUACUUCAGUAUCUGUUCCUCCACCUGUAGCUCACCAAGCUCCAGGUUUUAUUCAGAGAUUGGGUAAUUAUCCUCCACAUAAUCAAACAUUAAGACAAGCUCCGAUUCGUCCUUGUUCCAUGUCAAGCAGUCCUGGGUUACCGAAUUCAACUAGACAGCUGCCCACUGCUCUGAGAGACAAAUUUCAUAGCCAUGUUGUCUCUCAACAGUUGCGCAAUGCAAGCAUUAAUGUUAAUCCAGGGGACAGAAGGCACAAUGUUGGUCACAUGGGUCCCCAGUUCUUUACUACCCGGACAGCGUUCAAAAGGGCAGGGUCAUCUGGACAGGCAUUUGCAACUGAUAGAUCUAGAUACAAUUCACCAAACACUUGUUCGGUGCCUCAAUUUGGUAGAACUCAUUCUUCAGCGGCUAGGUGGAAGGUGCCUUGUGGCUCACGGCCUGUAGGCUCCAGUAAGUAUAUUGCUUCCUCCCAGCACAAUGCUGGCAUAGCUGUUUCUUACCAGCCUCCACUACAGAGGCAGCCUGGUUUUGUGGGUGUGCCUUCAAAUUAUGCACCAAUGGGACCUCAGAUACCCUCUCAGCCCCAUGCUGGGAUACUUGGUCCUAAUGCUGUUUCUUCCCAACAUCAACUACCUCGGCAGCCUGCUCUUGUGGGUGCACCUGCAAAUUAUGCACCAAUGGAGCCUGAGAUCCCUUCGCAGCCCAGUGUUGGCGUAGUUGGUGCUAAUGCUGUUUCUUUCCAACCUCCGUUACCUAGGCAGCCUAGGUUUGUGGGUGCAUCUACAAAUUAUGCACCAAUGGAACCUCAGAUUCCCUCUCAGCCACAGGUUAGUGUAUGUGCAAAUUCGGUGUCUUCGGAAGCUCCAACAUUCUUUCUGCCAUAUGCUAAUUCAUCACCUUCUCAACCUCACUUGUCUACACUUCCUAGUGUUCUAAGUGAAUUUGAAAGUCUUGUUUCCUCUGAAAAUUCAGUAUCCUCCCAGUCACAGGUGGGUAAUAUGUAUAACAACCCACUGUCAUCUGAAGCCCAAAUGUUCUCUCAACAGUAUGCAGAUGGGAACUCUGCUAACAGUUUGCCUCAGCAAACUUCGGUAGCCUUCCAUCUUGAAGGAGGGAACACUUCUGUAAAUACAACUGCUUCCCAGUAUCUACUGGCCUGCCCGGCAAAUGCAGGCACCGCUCUUGGAAAUUCAACUAUCCCUGUCUCCCAGUUGUCCAAUCAGCCAGAUGGGGGAACCUCACCAAACAGUUCAGUUCCCGGAAGUGGCGAUUUGCCUUCCCCUGUUAUGAUGGAAAGUACUUUUGGAAGGUGUGAGAACACUCUCUCUUGCCAACCUGAACUUUGUAGACAACAUAUUUCAUCAUCAUCAUCAUCUAAUAGCCAAAAUAUUUCCCAGCAUGGAUAUCAAGGUGAAAAUACUUUAAUUCCAAGUUUCGAAGAUUUUGACUUUGGUUGGGAGACACCUGUUAGCCAAACUAACAGUUUGGGUAAUGUAUAUAAUUCUAAACCUGCAGAGACACCGGAGGUAAGUAGACAUCCUCAGUUAAUGGAAAACAUAACCGAUUUGGACAUUCAGUAUGAUGAUUGGUUAGUUUCUGGACCUUCAGACGCCCCAGUUUUGACAGGAUUUAACAUAUUGUCCCCUGAAGCUCCUCCCAUAGAUUCUGGAUUUUUUGUUGACUUCUAAAUGUUGGUGGCAUCCUUGACGAAACAUGUCCUGGUUUCUUCUAAGUUUUUUCUUUUAAAAACAAAAUUAGGAAUGCUUCUCCCCUUUAAAGGGUAGCAGGGUACAUAUGGUUUAAAGAGUUAGGGUUAACAGGUUAAGUUUUCUUCUGGUAUAAACUGCUUUUGUGUCUGAAACACAAAUUCCAUGCAUCUGUAAAUGGUACUAAUUUCUUAUGUAAUGCUAUCUAAAUGACAGCUGUUUUCUCAAAAAAAAUAAUCCUGUGAAGAGAUAUGAGCUACAAUUGUCAAUUUUUAUGAAUA